UGCUGCCACCUCCUUCAGUUGCUUCUCUUUCUCUUCCGCAAGAAACUACAGAGAGAGAGCUUGGGAGAGUGACUUUUAGAGAGAGAAACAUAUACUAACCAUUUCACUUUCCAAUUCCUUGGUGCUAUUAUAUGGAAAAUAUUAUAUAUAUCUGUAGGUUUUAUUUGUUUCUGGUGCAAGAGUAUCAUCCGUUUUGAAGUUUCUUUAAAAUAUUCAUUCGUUGUGGACUCUCUCUCUUUAUUUGAAGAAGGAGAAGAAGAAGAAGAAGAAUCAGGUUAGGCGAACUUCCAACUUCUGUUGUUUUUGUAUGUGUCAGCUUCUCUAGCUAUUAUUGCUCAAUCAUCGACUUAUGAUUUUAUUUGAUUUAUAUAAUAGAAAGAAUUAAAACCAAAGGAAAAAAUGGAUAUUUAAAAAAGAAAAGAACAUGGAUGUUGUAGAACCAAACAACUACUUGCUACUCAUGUUUUCUAGAGAAACUGUUACCCCUCAGAUUUUCUGAGUGAAGGAAAAAGGAGAAAGGAAUAGUAGGUUUUCUUUAUCUAUUGGGUUUUACUUGCAUCUAUGGAAGGCCAAAGGUGUUUGCUUUAUGCAUUAUUGAUCUGAAGAUGAGUUGGGUUUGUGUUUGUUCUUUGAGCUAAAAGAGAGAAUAUACAGUUUCUGGGUAUUCCUGAAAUGAUCUGAGGGAUGUCAGAGAAAAAAGAGAAUCAUAGAUGGUUAAUGGAGCAUACUCAUUUGAAAAUGUCAUGGAUUCAUUAUCAAAUUAGACAAAAAGAUGGUUACUUGACAUACCCACCCCCUUUUCCUCCUCCUUCAAUUGCUACUCCAUAUACUGCUACUUUUCAUAAAGAACCCAGCCCCACUUCUUCAUCACCGCCAUCUUCCGGUACAAGAAUUAGUCCUGCUGUUCUUUUCAUUAUAGUGAUUCUUGCAGUACUAUUUUUCAUUUCUGGUUUGCUCCACUUGCUUGUUAGAUUCCUUAUUAAACACCCAUCUUCUUCAGCUUCUUCUCAGUCAAACAGAUUCCCAGAAAUCUCCGGUUCAGAUGCUCUUCAGAGACAACUACAGCAACUUUUUCAUCUCCAUGAUUCUGGUUUGGAUCAAGCUUUUAUAGAUGCUCUUCCUGUUUUCGUGUACAAAGAGAUUGUAGGUCCAAAAGAGCCGUUUGAUUGCGCUGUUUGUUUAUGUGAGUUUUCUGAGAAAGACAAGCUUAGAUUGCUUCCUACGUGUAGUCAUGCUUUCCAUAUUAAUUGCAUAGAUACCUGGCUAUUAUCAAAUUCUACAUGCCCUCUUUGUAGAGGAACCCUUUUUACUCCUGGAUUUUCUAUUGAAAACCCAAUGUUUGAUUUUGAUGAUUUAAGAGAAGAUGAUGGAUUUUCUGGUAAUGGUGAUAAUGGAUUCCCUUCUAGUCAAAAAAAUGUGGAUAUUGAAGAAACUGUUGAAAAAGGGAUUUUACCAGUAAGACUUGGUAAAUUCAGGAGGUUAAAUGAUGAAACAGGGGAAGUAGGAGAAGAGACGAGUAGCAGUAAAUUAGAUGCAAGAAGAUGUUUUUCAAUGGGUUCGUAUCAGUAUGUGCUUGGUAAUUCAGACCUCAGAGUUUCCUUGUGCACUGACCGACAUGGACGCGAUAUUAAGCUUGAAAAGGGGAAUGACCAAAAUGGGAAUCUUUCUAUUGCUGGAGACUUAGAAGGAAAGAUGAUCAGUAGUGCUACUAAACGCGAGAGCUUCUCUGUUUCUAAGAUUUGGCUUUGGUCUAAAAAAGGCAAGUUUUCGAGCUCUUCAGAUGUUCAGAUGGGUAUGCCUUCGUCACUUAACAUGGAUUUGCCAUGGAUGGGCAGAACACAAGAAAAAUGAAAGGUAUUUGAUUUUUUCUUUUUUUCUGUGGUUCUGGUUAGUCUUUAAUCGAUUGGUUACAGCUUGUUACACCUUUGAUUUUGAUAAUUUUUUGGAUGCUAAUUCAAAUGUUGUGGUAUAUUGUUGAUGUACUACUCGUGUAUUGAAAUAUGAUUGAAAAAUCAAAUUUCAAGGACAUUUUUCUUGGUAUAAAAAUUAACUAAAUAGAGAGCAUGUAGUUGACCUCAAAUAUUCUAGAUAUUGUUUUUAUAGUUGGUCCUCUUGUUGAUAAUCAUGAUGUCCUAUGUUCUGUAAAAGAAGACAUUUUCAUUAUUAUUUCUUGAGCAUGUUAGUAUUCAUUCCUUAAAAA